AUGUCUUCAGGAGCAGAGAAUACCUGGAAGUCCAAAUCACUUUCGGAGGAGGCGCGAUACGUCCGUGAAAAGGAGCAGGCGCAGUUGGCCGCCCUAAAGGAUCAGACUGGGAAGGAGGAGACAAAAGUAAAUGAGAUCCAGAAGGAUCAGGACUUUGAGGGCGGUUUUGGGGGCCAGGAGGAUCUCGAGGAUCGAUACGCAACUACAAGCGGGGAACAUUGA